AUGGCUGACAUCAAGCCCCUGGACCGCUCAGAGUGUGUACGACGUCUGAGGCCUUUGGUAUUAUCGUUGUUCGAGGCCGAGCAAGAUGUGCGUCCGUGGACUGUCCCACCCGAUCCCUUCUACACCGUGGCAAACUUCCCUUUCAUGAGGAUCAGAGACAGAUACACGGGGGAUGAGCCUGACCAAGGGUCGGGGUCUAUGAAGAGCCGUAAUCCAACGGCACGCUUGGAAACGAGGGAAGUGAGGACGGAGAUGUUGACGAUCCAUGCCAAUCAUCGCUCGCGGGUGCCAACGCCGUUCCUCUCCUUCACCGACUCUCCCUCAGCAAUUCAGGAGAUAGCACAGAUGAGACGGACCAGAGGACGUGGUGCACUGACGCUCACUGUCAUCAAUGUGAAUGUGCGCAGGCAUAAGGGUCUUCCCGUCCUGAAUGCCAAAGAUGAGAUGGUAUACUAUGGGGUUAAGGAUCCUUAUCAUCGCGGCUAUGCCUACUACGAAGACCAUUACCUAUGUCUGUGGGAAGUCACAGCGGAGGAGAUCAUCGGCCAUUACCUUUGGGACAGGCUUAGCGAAGAUCCGCAGUGGUAUGAGAACGGGAUCCUGCCGGCGUUUCGGAGGCAUGAGGCUCUUCGUCUCCAGCGCCGGCGAGAGCAACAGUCGAAGAUUUCAAAUGUGAUGGGGCCCAUGAAUGGAGGCAUGAGGGCUGAUUAUGUCGGCGCGGGAGUGAUCUCGGAAGAUAGACACGGUAGUCGCUCGAGAUUGCCUUCGACGUCGGUCGCAAGUCCGGGUCCGGUCGGUGGCAUAGAUUCGAUUUUGGCUGACAUGGAGAGCUUGACAUUCAGUGAAAGCCAUGACUCGCGAGUGAAGGAGCCGAAUAACGAUGGAGAGGACUUCUUGUCUUCGAGCGCCGAAUCUAGCUAUGGCGAUGGCUGUGUGGCCUUUUUCGAACAAGUCGACAGCGAGGACGAGGGCGAGCCGUAUCAGGAUGCUCAUGAUGACGGUGAGGCGGAGGCGCUCCAGGAGAACUUAAAUACCAUUAUUGAACGGAAUAUAGAAGACAAUUGGUAG